AAGGAAAAGUAAAAAUAAACAAGACUGAAUAUUGAUUAUCAAAAUCUGCAAAGAAAAUUUAAGACAAUAUCUCCAGCUGUUAUCUUCAGUUAUGUUCGCUCAUUUAUAAGAAGAAGGGGAAAGAGUUUAUUUACAGAGAGACUGAAAGACACUUCUCACCUUCUGUAGUCCUUUGCUUAUUUGUUUCUUGUUUGCAAUUCAAGUGUAUAAAGUCAAAAAGGAGCUCCAAAAAGGUCUUUUUAAACUAUGGUUUGCUACAUUUUUUAUUAAAUCUUAAUGUUCAAUUGUUUUUGGAUCAGAAAGGUGUUGAUCUGAAGUGUGGAGGGUUGAAUCGUUGAUUCUUGAUUUAUGAUGGACCAAACAAUUGAAAGCUCUUCAAAUGCACAAAGGGGUUUUCGAGUUCAACCUCCACUGGUGCUAUCUCUUUAUUCAUACUGUUUCAAUGAUGAUGACGCCUUACACAUAAAUGGAGCUCUGCUGAAGCAACAAAUAUGGAUUUAUAAAGGAUAAUAGAACACACUACAGAAUGAGGACUAACGGUGAAAAACUGAAGAUAAAAGCAAUACAAUCAACAGUAGAAACUGAAGAAAAAGGAGAGAAUGUUCAGCAACAACGAGGUACAUCAAUAAUACUGGUGCUAACUUUAUGGAGGUGCCUUUCUGUCAGGUUGAUUCUGUAUCAUGCUAUUGCAAUGUUGAUUCGGGAUUAAAGACAGUCGCCGGGGCAAGAAAAUUUGUGCCAGGAUCAAAACUUUGUAUCCAGUCCGACAUCAGUUCUCAUGCACACAAGACUAAAAACUCUCGCAGGGAGAGAUCAAGAGUACAGUCACCUCUUCUGCCUGGCCUACCAGAUGAUCUUGCAAUUGCUUGUCUAGUACGUGUUCCUCGUGUUGAACAUAGCAAGCUCCGUCUAGUUUGCAAAAGAUGGUAUCGGCUUCUUGCUGGUAACUUCUUUUACUCUCAAAGGAAGAUUCUUGGAAUGGCUGAAGAGUGGGUAUAUGUGGUUAAAAGAGAUCGUGAUGGACGGAUUUCAUGGCAUGCAUUUGACCCAACUUCCCAACUUUGGCAGCCACUUCCACCUGUUCCAGGUGAAUAUUGCAGUGCCCUUGGAUUUGGUUGCGCUGUUCUUAGUGGUUGCCAUCUUUAUUUGUUUGGAGGAAAAGAUCCAAUCAAGGGGUCUAUGCGACGGGUAAUCUUUUAUAAUGCUCGAACAAAUAAAUGGCACAGGGCACCAGACAUGCUCCGCAGACGCCAUUUCUUUGGCUCUUGUGUAAUUAAUAAUUGUCUUUAUGUUGCUGGUGGCGAAUGUGAAGGAAUACAGAGGACUCUUCGUUCAGCUGAAGUUUAUGACCCAAACCGGAAGCGCUGGAGUUUUAUAGCUGAUAUGAGCACAGCUAUGGUGCCUUUUAUUGGGGUAGUGUAUGACGGGAAGUGGUUUGUAAAAGGUUUGGGGUCCCACAGAGAAGUUCUUAGUGAAGCUUAUAACCCUGCUGUAAAUGCAUGGACCCCAGUCAACAACAGGAUGAUUGCUGGUUGGCGCAACCCAAGCAUCUCCAUGAAUGGUCGUCUAUAUGCUUUGGACUGUCGUGAUGGGUGUAAACUUAGAGUAUAUGAUGAAUCUACACAUUCAUGGAUUAGAUUUAUUGAUAGCAAAAUCCACCUUGGAAGCUCUCGUGCUUUGGAGGCAGCUGCUGUGGUUCCCCUUAAUGGUAAACUUUGUAUAAUUCGUAACAACAUGAGCAUCAGCAUCGUUGAUGUGUCGAGUCCUGAUAAGUGUGUGGAAACCAACCCACCUCUUUGGGAGAACAUUGCUGGUAAAGGCCACAUCAGAACUAUGUUUACAAAUUUAUGGUCAAGUAUUGCAGGGCGAGCAGGUUUGAAGAGUCAUAUUGUGCACUGUCAGGUGUUACAAGUUUGAGCAUUAAAAGUCUUGGCCACUCUUCCUUCGUGAUGAGAAAAUGAGAACUGCUUCAACUUUUCUAAUCUCAAGAACAAAUUUUUUGUGGAGAAGCAGUUUUGACAUCAUCAAUGCGCUCCUGCAUUGGUUAUGAAUCAAAUAAUUCUGUUGUUUUUUUACACUUCCGAAUGACCUUUAGCAGCCUCAGCACCUAUUGCUUGCCUUGAAGUGCAUGUAGAUGGAUGUCUUCUGGAAUUGUGAUGUCUUGUGGGAUUGUUUGGAUUGGCUCGAAGAGAAGACGGUUGAGGUUAUUCAUUAAUAGCUCAUGCAUGAAUUCCUAUUGUGAAUUCAUACUUGACAACUCAUCAAUUGGCAGAAAAUUGUUCAAAUCCAGAGCUACCUUGCUGAUGAUUUUGGCAGUAAAAUUGGGGCUUAUGUAUGACAUUCAAAAAGAGAUGGAUAGCUAUAUGUCUGUACAUCCUUUUGGCCUGUAGUCUUGUACCAAUAGCUUCUAGUCUUAGGUACCCUUUUGUGCAUAUAAUGACAAUGACAUGAAGGAGAUAUAGCUGGAAUCUUCACUUCCUACCUUCUUCCCCAUGCUUGAUUUCAAGAUUUGUAUUUUAUAAGAUUGGGUAAAGUUGCAUUGAAUUAUCAAAAUGUGAUUACACUA